AUGGUCAAAUACAAGAACAAGAGUAAGAAGCUCGAUAGAAAGGCCAAGAGACAGUCUGCUGAAGACGAGCUCGUUGCUUUGAAAAAAAGAAUCGAGGAGUUCAACCCAGUCGAAGAUGGCAAACUGAUAUCCAACUUCUCAGAUUUGCCAAUUUCUGAAGCUACGCUUCGAGGUAUUAAAGAGGCCAAUUUCGUCACCAUGACUGAUAUUCAGAAGAAGACCAUUCCGGCAGCGUUGAAGGGUGAAGAUGUAAUGGGUACUGCCAAAACUGGUUCUGGAAAGACUUUGGCAUUUCUCAUUCCAGUGAUUGAAUCGUUGGUGCACAAUAACAUCACCGAGUACGAUGGUUUAGCUGCAUUAAUCAUUUCUCCAACAAGAGAGUUGGCAGUGCAGAUCUUCGAAGUAUUGACCAAAAUCGGAAAGUAUAACACUUUCUCCGCUGGUCUCGUCACUGGAGGAAAAGAUGUUCAGUACGAAAAGGAGAGAGUUGCACGCAUGAACAUCUUGGUGGGAACUCCAGGAAGAAUCUCCCAGCAUCUUAAUGAGACAGUGGGCAUGGAUACUUCGAACUUACAGGUUCUUGUUUUGGACGAGGCUGAUCGAUGCUUGGAUAUGGGUUUCAAAAAGCAAAUCGACAGCAUUGUGGCCCAUUUGUCUCCAGAGAGACAGACGUUAUUAUUCUCUGCCACCCAAUCAGACAGUGUCAAGGACCUCGCCAGAUUGUCUUUGACCAACUACUCCAAAAUUGGUGUUUCCUCUGACUCUACGUUAUCUGCCACCCCAGAUACCUUGGAUCAGUAUUAUGUCCGUAUACCAUUAGAUGAAAAGCUCGACGUUUUAUGGUCCUUCAUCAAGUCGCAUUUGAAAAGCAAGAUCUUGGUUUUCUUCUCCUCGUCCAAGCAGGUGCAAUAUGCAUAUGAAAGUUUCCGUACUUUACAACCAGGUAUUUCCUUGUUGAAGUUGUAUGGACGUCACAAGCAAACUUCCAGAUUGGAAACUACCACAAAGUUUUCCCAUGCUCAGUAUGCCUGCCUUUUUGCUACUGAUAUCGUCGCUAGAGGGUUGGACUUCCCUGCUAUUGAUUGGGUGGUCCAGGUUGACUGUCCAGAAGAUGCAGCCACAUACGUGCACCGUGUUGGACGUUGUGCCAGAUUUGGACGACCAGGAAAGUCUCUCUUGAUGCUCUUACCCUCUGAAGAGGAAGGCAUGUUAAAGAGAUUGCAGAGCAACAAGAUAGACAUCAAGAUCAUGAACAUCAAGCAGAAGAACAAGAAGUCCAUCAGACCUCAAUUGCAAUCCUUGUGUUUCAAAGAUCCUCAAAUGAAAAAUUUGGGCCAGCGUGCAUUUAUUUCCUACUACCGUUCUAUCUACAUUCAGAAGGACAAGGAUAUUUUCAAGCUUAAUGAGCUUCCUACAGAGAAGUUUGCUGAGUCCUUGGGUCUACCCGGAGCACCGAAGAUCAAGAUCAAGGGUGGAGAGGGAAGCAAGGAAAAGAAGAACAUGUCCAGACAAUUGAUGACGUUGAACAAGGCCGACGACAAUGGAGAGGUCAAGGAGGACGAGUCCAAGAAGGUCAGAACCAAAUACGAUAGAAUGUUUGACAGACAGAACCAGACGGUGUUAUCUGAACAUUACUUGAACAUGACAGGAAACAAGGCGUCCGAGAAGGGCGAAGAAGACGAUGAAGAUGAGGACGAUGACUUCAUGAAGGUUAAGCGUCAUGACCAUCAGUUGAACGAAGAAGAGCUUCCUGACUUGAGCAUUCCAGUGUCGAAGAGACAAGCUAAGAAGGCCCUUUCGAAGAAAUUGUCGUUGAAUGCAAAGGGAUUGCCCACAAAAUUGAAGUUUGACGAUGAUGGAGAAGCCCAUCCACUUUACGAACUUGAAGACGAAGAGGACUUCAAGAAGAAGGGUGACGCAAAGACCCAGAAGGAUGAGUUUGUCAGUAAGGAGACUGAAUAUAUGAACCUGGCAGACUUGGAGGACAAGGAAUUGGCUAAAUCUAAGAGACAAGAGAAGAAGAGAAAGAGAAAGGAAAUGGAGAGACGUGCAAGAGAAGAGGAUGACAGCGAGGACGAAGAAACUGUGGUGACGCUAGGAGGUGCUGACUUGGACAGAGAUCUCGAAUCUUCAGAUGAUGAAGCUCCUACUAACAAGAAACCUAAGUGGUUCCAUAAGGAAAGUGUCCAACAGGAUAGUGGAGUUAUUGAGCUUGAUGAGCCAGAGAGUUUGGAAGACUUGGAGGCAUUGACGGCCAGAUUGAUCGAUAAUUAG